GACGUAGACCGUGACUGGAAUAACUAGACCAUUGGGGUGUUGAACUGCGUCAUCUACUAUUCCUGUACGAUUUCGUUUUCCUUUUCCGUCUCUUUAAGUGUGCCGCCGGGGGUUGCUAGGCAACAGACCCAGGGUUGCUUCGGAUUAGAGUCCUUGUGGCGUUUCCGGCGGAAGAAAGUAACUUCUAGUGUUCUGACUGGGAAAGAGACCGCGGUUGUCGACAGUCUUAAAUUGAAGAGGGAGGCAACUUGUACAAAUUAAGACUGACAGUGGGGGAUUACUAUUUGGAUUAUUUCAAGAUGAGCUUCCUAUUGCCCAAACUGACCAGCAAAAAAGAAGUCGACCAGGCGAUAAAGAGCACCGCAGAGAAGGUGUUGGUUCUCAGGUUUGGGAGAGACGAGGAUCCUGUCUGUCUGCAACUGGAUGAUAUUCUUUCUAAGACCUCCUCUGACUUGAGUAAAAUGGCUGCUAUUUAUCUAGUGGAUGUGGACCAAACUCCAGUUUAUACACACUACUUUGACAUCAGUUAUAUUCCAUCUACUGUGUUUUUCUUCAAUGGGCAACAUAUGAAAGUGGAUUAUGGGUCUCCAGAUCACACUAAGUUUGUGGGAAGUUUCAAAACCAAGCAAGACUUCAUAGAUUUGAUUGAAGUAAUUUAUCGAGGAGCAAUGAGAGGAAAACUUAUUGUCCAAAGUCCUAUUGAUCCCAAGAAUAUUCCCAAAUAUGACCUUCUCUAUCAAGACAUUUAGCACAUUUACUGUCAAAGCUGAAGAAAGAGGCACAUCUCGAGAAGCAGUAUUUGAAUGCAGCUGUGCUGUUUUUCUGGAGUCCUUCGGAAACAAGCUCAGUGUCCCAGUGGAGGAGAGGUAUGACUUGUAUAGAAAAUACUUCCCAAGUAGAAGACCCCGCCGGGACUGAGAUGAUGUGGGAAGCCUGUGUUUUCCCCCCACAAACCUCGGAGCGCUCAGGUCAACUGGGAUCAACUUCCCCACGUGACUUGUUUGACUUUUCUCUAUAUUGUGCUUUUAUUGUCCCUUAAUAUAAUACAGAAUUCUUCUAAACACUGGCUAGUACAAUUUGAUUUAACUAUGUUUAUUUGAUACACAAGUUAAAUGUAAAGAGCAAAAA